GUCGAGGGUUGAUUCAAUGCUUUAUAUCGAUUGAGAACCUAAUUUGAUAGAGGGAAUCUAGUUCAGAAUGCCUUGAUCGGUUGUUCUAGAGAAGGAUACGUCCCUCUAGGCAAUUGACUCAAGAGGGCCUUGUUCCUUUAGUCGAGACUCAAGGUCUAGUCAAGGAUUCCCCGCAUUGUGAAUGAACGUGAAACAGGUUAGAGAUCAUCAAUCAUUAAUCUGGCUAGCGGCUAGGGGGAAUCAUACCUAAGUGAGUUCCAAACCUGUAAUUAGAUUAACUUUAAAUGUAGUUUGCUAGAGUAGUUUUAGUUAUUCCAUCAUAAUCUGGUUUGCUAGAUAAAGAACUGAAGCUGAGUAAUAGUAACUCUAGAGACCCGUGGAUUCGAUAUUUAUUACUUGAGCCACUAUACUGCAGUCCCUUUCAUUGGUUACACUUGGCCAUUGUUAGGCGUUGUGUCAUAGCGAGUCAAGUUUUUGGCGCCGUUGCAGGGGAUUUUCUAGAUUAUUAGGAAAGGCAGAAGUUUGUUACUUUAGCAUUUUUCUUUUCCAGCCUUGCUUUUCACUUGGGUGUUUUUGUUUUUGUUGGUGCAGAUCUGAAUCAUGGAUCCUCAUGGCUUCUCCAACCAUUGGGGGUAUCCACCACCGUCCGAGUGGUAUUACCCCCAGACUUCCUGUAGAAAUCAAGGAGGAGAAGACUAUGGAUUCGGGUUCACUUACCAUACCCCUUAUUACGGAGAACAAUCAGACCCCUGGGCAUAUCAAGAACAACCUCCUUAUCAAGAAGAAUUUCUCCCACAACCAGAAGGGCCAUCGGAGCUAGAGUUAGCCAUGGCGGCCUUCACGGGCCAUUCUGCAGAGCCAUGCUACACUCCACGGCCGGAUCCAAACUAUGAAUUGAGGCUUCUCGUGGAGUAGUUUGCUCGAGACACUGAGAGAUCAUACUCUAAGAUGGAUCUUUGUACCCAGGCCUAUUGUGAAACAAAGGAGAUCCUCUUGAGCAUUAAGAAGAGACUCGAGGAUCUUACGGCAUCUUACACACAACCUAAUCAAGAUUACCCUUCUGGUGCCAUACUAUAAGAGGAGGAGGAAGACGAAGGCUACAAAGACAUUGUGGAACAGACAGAAGUUGUCACGGAGAGCACCCGUGAUGAUCAUGAUUAGGAAUCUCUUGUUGUAGCAGACCACACCUUCCCACAUCCCACACCGAGCUUGGAAGAGGCGGGUAUGAGUGAUGAGAUGCAAGAUGAUCUCAUUAAAGAAAUUGCUUGGCGAAUUGCUCCAAUCAGUGCAGGAAGAAGAAGUGCAAGAAAGGGUGCAGAAAGAAGUUGUGGAGGAUGACGAAAGUGAAGCAGAAGGUGUUCUUGAUCUUUUCCCAGGGGUGAUACUACAUUUUGAAGAAGGAAUGAGGGUUGGAGAAACAAUUGGAGUCUAUGCUGAGGAUGAAGUUGAGGUGGAAGAGUCUUGCAGCGGGCAUGAGUUUGGCCAUAUCGACAUCGGUCCCUCUUGGUGGACGCGAUGGUGGCCAAUCGAUGUUGUCAUAUCUAGUUUGGGGCAAUGAGACAAGAGAAGAUAACAUGAGGUCUCGAGGGUGGAAACGUCAUCUGCAUCAAGUGAGUGAGCCUUCAUCACCUGCCACACCACAUGCUCGUGACUUGAGAUUCCACCUCAUUGACGAGAAUAUCAACUUCAAAGAGAUUUUGGACAUCUCUUCAUCUGCAAAGAAUUCUCGAUGUGAAAACACAGAGACAAAGGGCUGAUCUUUGAAUAGGAAAAUUUCACAUAGACGUAGUGACUCCAUUAAGGCUCUCGUCGUAUAUGCGUUAUCACCUUUCUCUCCUUCUUGUUCUAAUUCAAAUGCGAGCAACUUCGUUCCUCUUUUCUAAUUAAAACUCUUGAUUAAU